CCAACUGUGAUCUUCGGCUUACCUUUUGACUUGAUUUAUGAGAGAGAUUAGCUAGCUGGUAGUGCAUCAGAUGGUAGCAAAGAUCAACAAAAUGUUCCGUUAGCGCUUUAAAUUUUAAACGCAAAAUGCGAUGCUAUCUUCACGCAUUUCUCCUGUGCAUGGUUUUCACUAUUUUUUCACUGUUGUAUGUGUUCAAUCAACUAGUCUCCACAUUGGAGGACAGAGACGCAUGGAACCUGAUAGAGCAGGGGAUACCCGACAGGAGCGGCCAUGACACCGGGCACCGUCUCAGGAAAAGGCCAGGACUGGCAGGCCUUCGAGACCGUGAACAAGGGUUUGACAGGUGUAAAUCACUGUCAGUCUCUUACUGGAAUCCAUAUUGGAGACUGCCUGCUGAUGUUUGUGGAGUGAACUGCUUAUUGGAAUCAUCUCUUAGAGAGAGGUCAGUCUCUGCAGUCAAGGAACGUAGUGAUGAGAGAAGCCACCUGGCUGUGGUGGCCUGUGGCUCCAGGCUAGAGGAGACUCUCACCAUGCUGAAGUCUGCUCUAAUCCUCAGCAAAAAGCCUCUGCACUUUUACAUCUUUGCUGAGGAUGAUCUUCAUGACAGCUUCAGAAAUGCUCUGGACUCCUGGCCCAGGACAGUUCAGACCAAGUUUAACUUCACCAUCUACCCCAUCACAUUUCCCAAGGAGAAUGCGAAGGAGUGGAAGAAACUCUUCAAACCAUGUGCCUCUCAGAGGCUCUUCCUGCCACUGAUCCUAAAGGAGGUGGAUUCUUUGCUCUAUGUGGACACAGAUAUCCUUUUUCUGCAGCCGGUAGAGGACAUCUGGGCCCUCCUUUCUCAUUUCAAUUCGAGCCACUUAGCUGCCAUGGCUCCGGAGCAUGAGGAGCCACGCAUCGGCUGGUACAACCGUUUUGCUCGCCACCCUUAUUAUGGCAAGACAGGCAUAAACUCAGGGGUCAUGCUCAUGAACAUGACGCGCCUCAGGGAUAAAUAUUUUAAGAAUGACAUGACAACAGUUGCACUGAAGUGGGAGGAAAUUCUGAUGCCCCUUCUCCAGAAGUAUAAACUCAAUAUCACCUGGGGUGACCAGGACCUUCUCAAUAUCAUAUUUCACCAUAACCCAGAAAGCAUAUAUGUGUUCCCCUGCCAGUGGAACUACCGUCCAGACCACUGUAUCUAUGGCAGCAACUGUCAACAGGCUGAACAAGAAGGUGUCUUCAUUCUCCAUGGUAACAGGGGAGUUUACCAUGAUGACAAGCAGCCAGCGUUUCGAGCUGUCUACGAGGCCAUCCAAAAGUACCAGUUUGGUGAAAACAUGGAGACCUCACUGCUUCAGCCACUGGAAGAGUCACUGCAGACCACCACAAAUACCUACUGUGGAAGAGCCAGUCACCUGUUUACGAAGAAGUUAAAACAGGGCAUCAUGUCUGUUCAACAAGAUGUCACGCAGAGAAGAUAUUCAGGACAGCACGCUAAUAUCAUUCAUGAUUAGUGUCUAAGUUCUCUCUGGAAGAAGAGACUUGGAUUCAAGCACACCUGUGGAGACAAUGAGCUGGAUGACAAACAGACUCAGGUCAACACUGAACCAUCAUCUGUUUACAAACUGCAUAUCAAAACUGUGGAAAUGGGGUAGGAUAAUCUGUGGAACAGGUUAUCUUUUAGUUUUAAGUGAAGCCAAUGUUUGUACAUACAGUAUCUGUCCAAUGAACACACAACUAGGUCACAAACGCUUUUUCACCAUGGUGGGAAAUGCACCGAAUCCACUUUGCCCUGUAGAUAUUUUGGACUAUUCCAGACAAUCAGGUUGUAUUAUUUUUUUAUUUUGGGAAAGAAUCUACAAUCACUUUGUACGAUUGUCUAAGGUCUUUGGGGGAAAAGAAACACAGCAGGUUACUUAAAUACGCUGUUCUUAUCGAGAGUAUUUUAUUAGAGUUUUAAUAUAAUUUUACAUACAUGUAUAUUAUCAAAGGGUUGUCGUUAUUUUCAGGUACUUGUUAGUUACACAUGAAUUCUCUUCAUGUUUUUAUUGACUGAAACAAAUACUCAAUACUUUAAACUUAUAGAAUCUGAUCAGUAUUUACAUGAAGCACUUUUGGUGUCUACCUUUUUAAAAUAUUAACAUUAGGCUAUCAUUUCAUAUACUCUGGUAUGGGAGUUUUCAAAGCAUCGUUUACUGUACAUUGUAUUAGCAUUUAACCAAUUUCAGUAACUUUGCCAACUUGUUUUCCUAUAACUGGAACUUGUCAUGACUGUCACAGAGAGCAGUUAGUUUUCAAUCAAGCCAGCAUCAUUUAAUCUGCUCCCAGACAGGUUUAACAACAAUUUGUACUAUUGAUUUGAGAAACUGAGGAUUGUAAUAACAAAAUCAUAUCUGUGACUUUAAUGUUUUACUGAAAAGCAAGCACAGACAUUUAAAUAUAUAUCAAAUGAAUAGGAAAUAAAUAUUUUAUUACAACGCAUUUCUAAUGGUGCCUAUGAUGCCGUAUGUAGUCUCUAAAAUACAUAUGCUUGCGGUAAGGUUGAAUUGUAAAAAGUCACAGCAUUUUAAAUGUGAUACAGCUCAUAAAGUACUUGAUAUGG